UUUUGGGGAGAUCGUUGUUGCAGCUUGCAGCAAGCAGCGCCGCACUUCCAAACCUAUUUGGGAGGGGGAGGGGAGGUGAUGAGUUUGUUCUGGCGAAAAAAUAUUUUCUUUUGACUUUUUCAGUAAAAAAUGUGACAAGACUGCGCUGCGACAAAUCGGUAUUAUUUGCAAAGUGUCCUCUCCACAUAAACAGCAAUCCUCCACUCUCUCGAUGCGAUUCUUUUCAGCGAGUAAUUAACAGCAUACAGUAUGGAGCCAUCUUCAACCAUCCAAACCUUGUCUGAGAAUUCUCACAUAGAGAGCAUGCCUUCCACCCCUAUUUCCUUUACAGACUCGACCCAUUCUCCCUCUCUGUCAGAGCUCAACAUGAAAAGAAGAAGUAGUUCUAGAUCAAUCAAACGAAAAAAAUUUGAUGAUGAGUUAGUUGAGUCAAGUUUAAACACAAGUAUGGCUCCUAUUGCAAGCGGUAAAGUUCAGCGAAUCCGAACGUCAUCUUUAAAUGUCCCAUCACCAAGUGCCGGUGGACCGAUUCAGCAUCCAAGUCUAACUCCCAGUGAGUCCAAUUCUCCAAUGAUGGAUACAGUAAUUAAACCGCCCAGGAGAGCAUCCAACAAAUCACUCCCAAACAGUGGCUCAGGUAUUGCUGGCGGAAACUCAGGUGGGGGCAGUAAUUCCAGAAGCGGUGGCAGUCGCUACCGGAAAGCAACUAAGCAUGCCAACACAGGGUCUUCGACCAAAGAUCUUGGCCGGUGGAAGCCUAUGGACGACCUAGCUUUAAUAAUCAAUGUUCAGCAAACAAAUUGUUUGCGGACGGUGCAACGUGGAGUCAAAUUUUCUUGUCGCUUUACAUUACAAGAGAUUCAGCAGCGAUGGUAUGCUUUGCUGUAUGACCAGGUCAUCUCAAGGUUGGCUAUCCUUGCCAUGAGGAAUUUGCACCCUGAAGUCAUUGCUGGUAUCGAAGCCAAAGCUCUGUUUUCGGUAGCAGAAGAACAAUUAUUAGCAUCGAUGAAAGUAUCAUCAAACCCAACGCUAGAAACCUUUCAAGAACUGCUGACAAACAAUGCACUUGUUUUCUACCCCAAGCGAACUGCAAAGGCGUUGUACACUCAUUGGCAAUUAAUGAAGCAAUAUCAGCUGAUCUCAGAUCAAACAGAUCCAACUGUGGUGCGAAGUGAACACUUUCUGACAUUUUCAGACUGUGAAGAAACCUUGAACGACACUGAGUUGAGUGAGCCAAGAGAGGCUGUCCUAGACCAAGAACUUGCUUUAGCUGACAGACGAGCUAAAAAGGAAAUCAACGUUCUAAAAAAUGAAGUUAACAGGUGGCAAGUACUCGUUGAUGCUGUCACCGGCAUUACUUCUCAAGAUUUUGAUAAUCAGACGCUGGCAGUUUUGAAAGGCUGUGUCGUUCGAUACUUGAUGCGUUCCAAAGAGAUAACCAUCGGACGCAAGACGAGAGACCAUAAUGUGGAUGUGGAUUUAUCCUUGGAAGGUCCUGCUUGGAAAGUGUCAAGACGCCAAGCAACUAUACGGUUAAACAAUAACGGAGAUUUUUACAUAUCCAGUGAAGGGAAGAGAGCUUUGUAUGUAGAUGCUAAGCCUAUUCUAAAUGGGCACAAGUACAAACUUACAAACAAUUCAGUUCUUGAGGUAUUAGCUAGCACUGGAUUUGACCCCCCUCUCUCUCUAAUAAUACUUUGUAAUGCAGGCUUGGUUCAUAACCAAGUACAUAUCAAAAUACCUGAAAAAUACACAACACCACUGGAUUAAUUAUUACCUUUCGUUCUAGUAUCAAGGAAGUAAAUAUUACAGUGAAUUUUGGUGAAACUUUGUAAAAAGCGUUACAAUGUCAUAUUCCAUUUAGAAUGGAUUCACAUCCUGACAACAGGACUUGGCUGACAAAAAAAUUAGAUUUUACUGUUUCAUCUGAUAGCAUACAAAUUAUGCAGGUCUGGAGGCUGUAUCAAGUUGAAAGAAUUUCAUAAAGUAUUUUAAAAUUGUCAUGUUUCACCUAGCUUUUUUGAGCGAACUUUCCAUAAAAAUUAAAUAUUAAUUGUUUCGGCAAGUUAAAGAAUUAUAGAAUUAAGAAUAAAGCUCUGCAUAAAGAAA